CUAGACAGAAGAGUGCUUGAUUGACUGCUAUAUGCGCGCACGUAGAUAGAGCGUACAAUGUAAGUUAAAGAAUAGAAUUUUGAUCCAUUGCAGAUGGAGUUUUGAUUUAUAUGUACGCCCUAUCGUUAGAGUAUAUAUUUGAAAUCAAAAGUGUCGAUGAGAAUAUAUGUAAAGUGGAUUUGUUUGCUUCGAAUAAAAACUUCAUGGUUCAGUAGUGAGAAGAUUGUGCAGUAAGAAGAAAAGAGUAAAGCAUCACAUAUUUUGCUGACUCUCGGCAAGUGUUCACUUAUACUUAUAUAUAGUGAUUCAUUAGUGUUUGUGUGCUCAUGACGGGGCUUACAUGAGAGAGUGUGAGCCUUCGUCAAUAGCAAAUUGUCAGGUAGAGAACAUAGAUGGUGGCGCUCCAAGUGUGAAGAGGAGGAAUUUAAUUUUCAUUCUGACCGAAUAAAUUGAUUGGUACAUCAAAAUUAAACAACAUGAUCAAAGGGCGUCGAACACGUCAGGGUAAUUCCACUGGCCAGGUUGUGGCAACAGCUCCUGUGGUCGAUGAUACUGCUAGCCCCAAACGCAAGGACUUUAAAUAUGACAACAAUGUAUCUCAUUUUGCAAAUAACAACACAAAAAAUAAACCGGAUGGCAUGGUGGAAACAACAGCUCCGAUGGUCCUGCGUGGCGGUCGUUCCAAACAUAACGGAAUAGUAAAAUAUUUGACUGACAAUGACAAAACUUCACACUCAAUAGCAAGUGAUAUCGCUGCUGUGACUAAGUUGAAUAAUUUUAUUGACCUGACCGACGAAAACUCUUGUGAUUCUUUCGGACAUAUGAUAAACUGCAUUACACACGAAGAAAUGACUGAAUCACCGUCAUCUGCUCUUGGUUUCAAUGGCCAUAGGGCAAACGCCUCAAGUAACAUUUUCCUACAAGAACCAGUACUUAGUCUGAACUUCGAUAAGACCGUAUCGGACAAGUCAAGAAUCAUCAUCAAGAAUUCAUUUCUUUCAACGGAAAUUCAAACUCAGUUUUCUCCCCCGAAAUGCGAUCCGAUGUGGGGCGGUAAUAUUUCAGUGAUACCAAUCAAACAAGAGCCACCGGAAUAUGCACUCGAUCUUUCCAAGCCAACCCAGGUGAAGGAUAUUGAUUCGACAACAUUUUUGAAUCAUGACAGCAAUUCAUGUGAUAGCGGCGACAGCGGAGUGGUUAUUAUGUCGAACGAGACACUUGAUACAACAGCACACGAGGAUGGAAAACGCAGAAAACCAGCUACUCCCCACCGCAUCGUGUGUCCCUCGCCAGCUAAAAAUCCAAUCGUAGCGAGUCCCUCGACGGCACUGGCUCACUUGAAUAUUCAAAACAGGCGUGUUUCCAGGAAGAAUGCUAAGUCUAGAAGAAGAUUACAUACAAAGGAGUUGGAAAAUUCUGUUGGGGGAACAAUCAAAACCGAAUCUAGUGAUACAAACACUGCAGUGAAUGUGAUGACAUCUCUCAUUUCAACAUCAGUCAGAGAUCCGAUCGAUAAAAAGAAACCUGUGUUGAACGACUCUGUGAAUCCAACAGCACAACAGAACACGAAUAAUAACCAAAGCAGCAAACAAAAUGACGGACCUAGUGCAGCAACUGCAACCGUUGUUAAGACCGGAGAUGCUAACAAGAAGCUCACUGAUUUCUUCCAAGUGCGACGAAGUGUGAGAAAAACGAAGAAGGAAGUACAAUGGGAGCGUGAUCGAGACAUCGAAAAGGCGAUACGCGAGGAGAGGGAGUCCGGUCUCAAGAUUGCUAAUUUCGAAGGGAAAGGCCGUGGAAUAAUAACGACAAGGGCGUUUUCCAAAGGAGAAUUUGUGGUAGAAUAUAUUGGCGAUCUGAUCACAGUCGCUGAAGCAAAGCAACGUGAGCAAAUGUAUGCGGAGGACGAUAACACUGGCUGUUAUAUGUACUACUUUAAACACAAGAACGUUCAACACUGCAUCGAUGCUACAGCAGAGAGCGGCAAACUGGGACGGUUAGUGAACCAUUCGCGAAACGGGAAUCUUAUGACCAAAACAGUGUCUAUCAAUAAUCGCCCGCAUCUGGUGCUAAUAGCCAAAGAAGAUAUUGCAGAAGGUGUAGAAGUUACGUACGAUUAUGGGGAUCGAUCCAAAGAAGCUUUGCAACACCACCCCUGGCUAGCGUUUUAGGCAUUAUUUUAUGUUUUAGAUGAAACGAAUUGAGCACCGGAGCUUAUGUAUAUUUUCAACACCACCGUGAUUUGCAAACAAAUAUCGUGCUUUUUUCUGAACAACUUCCACAGGAUCAAAGAACAACUGCAGUCGACAGAAAUAAUGCGGUGUGUGAUAUUUCAAGUGGACUAUUGGCAACAGCUAGAGGUAUAUUUAUGAACUGAAAUGUAUUCUUUGAUACAAUAUCAAUGGCUCUGCAUCUGGAAGGGAUAUUUGCGGUUAUUUAUCGGUUUAUUUAAUUUUGUAACAUAAUUUAAUGCAACACGAUAGGAUAGAAUAGCUUUAGGUUGAAGGAAUAUCAAUGUUUGAUUCAAAACUAUUAUAGAAAUAGAGGAAUUGUAAUCAUGUAAUCAACGAAGGGAGCGAUAUUGAAAACCACGUUAUACAUUUCUUCCAGAAUUUAUUUAUAACGAUAUUGUGUAAUUUAUAUUUUUUCUCUUUUUUUUUUUAAUAUUAAAACGUAACGUUUCGCUCUUGCACUGCUUGUCAUUCAUUUGUUAUUUUAAAACACUACUUUACCUUCCUGAAACUAGUUCAAUUCUCAAAUCGAUUUCAUUCAUUUCUGUUUUCAUCCGUAUCUCAUUUAUUUUGUAUUUUACAUUAUUAUUCAUUCUAUAAAACUGCGAAGAUUGUUUGAACGUCACUUGAACUUUUAUCGAAUGUAAUCGUACUAAACAAAAUCUUCCCCUUCAUUCUUCAACUCCCGCAAAUUCUACGUUGUCAACAUCAAUGUUAGUGCAAGUGGUGCUUCAAGUUUUAUUGGUUUAUGUUUGUGACCAUAAUAUAUCGCAAUGCGUAUCGCAUUACUAGGCCAAUGUACAGGGUUGGGUUUUUAGGACAUGUUGAGCUACUCAUGAAUGUCUUAAAUUGUGUGCAUUGUUUCAACGAGUGGCAUCAAAUAUGAAAAACGGCAAAGGUUUAGCUUAUCCGCAACUAGAUUUAUGAAAAAAUUGUUUAGAAUUCGAUUGAUCAGCACCGUAAACGAUCGAAAUAUAUACUAAAUAAACUGCCAUUUUGUUCACCAAUUCUAGUGUACUAGAAAAAGUUCACCACACGUGUUUUCAGAUUUAGCGAAAUUGCUUAUUUGGAUGCGAUAUUUAUAGAUGAUUUGGUUUUGACCUUCAAAUAGACGCAAUUUUAGAAAUUCUUUGUUUCCGGCAGAUUCUCGCCACGAUUAAUUUAUCAUACAACAGUACAAUAGAAAAAUGGAAUCGUUUGUAAAUUUUUGCAGUGAAAAAGUGGUAUUACCAAGCGAAUUUACGACUUUGAAUUGAGUUAUGUCGAUUCAAUCGUGAAGGCUAAUAUUUAUAUGAAACGAAUUCUGUUUUCUCCAUUUCUACUCCUAACAUUUUGAAUAAAAAAGUCCUACAGCGUUAGUUCUAAUAUCAAAGGUAAAUUGUUUACACCAUCCAACUUUGGAAAUGCAUGCAAAAUGCGUGAUAUCUGACAUGUCGACAUGGCGUGACAUUAUCAUUUUCAAGAAAUUAAAGUAAAAUUUGUCAUGGGUACAGUCAGUCAUGAAUUCACGAAUCCCUAAUAACUGUCGGGUCUUGAUAUAAUUCAAAUAUUUCAGUUUCUUAGACAAAUAAGAUAAUAAGGCUUAAAAUGAAACUAGUUUUAGUUCAGUUACAAUAGAUGGAUCUAUCGAAAUGUGUAUAUAAAUUAAAACUAAUUUUAGUGUACAUUUUUAUUUUUUAUUUUUUAUUUCGUUCAUGAACUAACAGACAAGUGUGUCUGAAAAUUCAACUAAUUUGAAUCAACCCUAGUAAUAUAAACAGUUAAAUUUAGAGGAAAACACCAGCAGUACGAACAAGGAAAUAUGUAUUAGUAAUACCAAGAAUUGUUUAAUCUAAUUUUUUUUUUCUUCUUUUAUAACCAAUCUUCUGAAUGCGAGCGAUGUUUCUUUUGCAUUCGAACACACCUAUAAAUCAAAACACUGAAUAUGAUUUUUAUAAUGGCUCAGAUAAGCGUAUCGCGUUCGAAUGAAAUCGUCUGAGUAGUUGAGGUACAUUUUGGCGACUGUUGCAAUGCGGGCAGUUUAACAGCACGGCAAUUAAAAAAAAGGUUUAUGCCUCGGCCAAAAUGUAUCUUUGGAAAACAUUAAACUACGAAUGUGGUUUGGAAUCGAGGAAUAAGCGCAUGAAGUUACUGCCUGGUACAAAUGAUAAGACCGAAGUUAAGUGAAUGUAAGGUACCAAUUAGUUUGGCUAAAAGCUAAAAUGACCGGUUCAAUAUCUUCAUAUAAUAUAACACAAAAAGUAAAGCGGACCAGGUAGCCAGAUGCGCUCAAAGAUUUGCGAAAGGAUAAUUGUUAACGCGUCUUUUGUUAUAAUAAGAAAAAAAUAUACAAUGUUAUGAAAAUUGAUAAAACGAUAGGAAUGUAGAAAUUGAAUACCAAUAUCAAUUAUAACAUCAAAACAAUAUCGAUGUAUAUUUAUACACUUUAUUGAAUAAAUAUUUUGAACGAAAUAUA